AAGUGAAAAAAUGAAUGAAAGCGACAUGAACAGGCUUGUUCAGGUGACACAGGACCAGCUCACAACGUUAGUGCGUUAAAGGACAAAGAAGAGGAAAUUUGUAAAAACAACAACAACAAAAAAACCAAACCAAGCAGAGACAGGAGAAAGAAUAGGACGGUGGAGCAGUGGGUUUGGAUCCAUAAUGGAAGGGUUACUCAACAUGGCUCGCAUCAGGCGCUACUCCGAUGUGAUGACUCUGCCGGACUCUUUCAUCCAGCGCCAGCAGCUCGACGCCAGCAUGGCUGACACCUUCCUCGAGCAUCUCUGUCUCCUGGACAUCAACCAGGAGCCAAUCACAGCGCGCAACACCAGCAUAAUCUGCACCAUCGGUCCUGCAUCUCGAUCGGUCCCCAAACUUCAAGAGAUGGUCAAGGCUGGAAUGAAUAUUGCCCGUCUUAAUUUCUCUCAUGGAUCACAUGAAUAUCACGGUGAAACCAUCAAGAACAUCAGAGAGGCGGUGGAGACAAUAACCUCUGACCCAUUGUACUAUCGACCAGUUGCCAUCGCUUUGGAUACAAAGGGCCCCGAGAUCCGCACCGGAUUAGUUAAAGGGAAAGUGGAAGAAGAGGUGGAGCUGGUGAAGGGCAGCCAUGUGCGUGUGGUGACAGCAGAGAGUGACAAAGACAAGACAGAUGCAAAGAUUAUCUGGGUGGACUAUCACAACCUGCCCAAAGUCCUCAGGAAGGGAGGAAAGAUCUACAUUGAUGAUGGCCUCAUUGGACUCAGAGUAUUAGAAACAGGUUCUGACUGGGUGGACACAGUGGUGGAAUCAGGCGGCGUCCUCUGCAGUCGUAAAGGUGUUAACCUUCCCGGCUGCGACCUAAUCGGCAUGCAGGCGGUCAGCGAGCGGGACGAGGCUGACCUGAGGUUCGGCGUGGCACAGGGUGUUGACAUGGUGUUCGCCAGCUUCAUUCGCUCGGCCCAGGAUGUCAAGGAUGUGCGUCGGGCUCUGGGACCGCACGGACGAGAAAUCAAAGUGAUCAGCAAGGUGGAAAGCCGGCAAGGAGUUCAAAAUUUUGAGGAGAUCCUGGCUGAGAGCGAUGGCGUGAUGGUUGCCAGAGGCGACCUGGGGAUUGAGAUCCCUGCGGAGAAAGUCUUCAUCGCCCAGAAGAUGAUGAUUGGGCGAUGCAACUCUGCUGGGAAGCCUGUCAUCUGUGCCACACAGAUGCUUGAGAGCAUGGUGGCCCACCCACGGCCAACUAGAGCAGAGAGCAGUGACGUUGCCAAUGCUGUGCUGGAUGGAGCUGACUGUGUAAUGCUAUCUGGAGAAACUGCCAAGGGACUGUUUCCUGUGGAGGCAGUGGCAAUGAUGCAUUCGAUCUGCAGGGAGGCAGAGGCGGCUAUUUUCCACCAGCAGCUGUUUGAGGAGUUGCGCCGCCUCACUCCUCUCUCCUCUGACCCCACGGAGGUCACGGCAAUCGGAGCUGUGGAGUCUUCCUUCAAAUGCUGUGCUGGGGCAAUUAUAGUCCUCACCAUCACUGGCAGGUCGGCUCAUCUUCUGUCCAGGUACCGCCCUCGCUGUCCGAUCGUUGCCGUCACCAGAAGCCCGCAGGUCGCCCGACAGUCUCAGCUGUUACGAGGCGUGUUUCCUGCCCUCUUCCAUCCUCUGCCUGCUCCUGUGUGGGCUGAUGAUGUGGACAACAGGGUCAACUUUGGCAUGGAAAUUGGGAAAGCAAGAGGAUUCUUCAAGUCUGGCGACAUGGUGAUCGUGGUGACAGGCUGGAUCCCAGGGUCCGGUCACACCAACAUUAUGAGGGCAGUGAAUGUCCCAUAACAGCAUGACAUUACCAGACAUCUGACUUCCUCGCUGGCCAUCCAUUAACAGAGCCUUUAAAAUCUAAUGAUGCGCCUAGAACCCAAGAACCACCACUAAAAUUAAACCAAUGACCUCUGUCAAAAGCAGCAACAACACUCUCAUUUGAACUUGAGGUUAUUACGAGGAAACACUUGCUCUAAUAGCUGUUCAUAUGAAUGUACUAUGACUCCCCUGAAAUAAAACUUGACUUUAACACAUUGUUCUCCAGUUCUUGUCAGGACACA